GAUUCGGCCGAUCAGUGCGUUUGAGUAACAAGACUGUGUACAAUAGAGUAACGGAAAUAUUAAUUGAAUUACUAUCAGAAUAUUACGGGGGCACAAAGUUGUAAUAACUUCACAAUGAUCUUUUCCUUGGAGGAAAUAGUCCAUUUGUUAGGGUUAACACUCUUUGAGAUGUGGAUCAAUUUGGUCGCUUUAACAAUCUUUACUGUACUGCUAGCCUUCAAAUUAGAUAACAAUUAUUUUUUGGAGUCAUCGGGAUGGUGGACCGUUUUCUCACCACUUUUCGUAGCCGAUGGCUUGAACACAUAUUUUUGUGCAAUCAUAUUUAUAAGAAUGCACAUGGAGGGAAUGAUCAAGGCGGCUAUUUUUAGAGCAGUAUGGAGCCUGAUAUCGUUACUCCUGAUCUUUGUCUUUAAGUAUCUGUUAUGUAAAAAGCUAGCUGGACAAAGCACGUUAGAAUACUCGGAAGUUAUGAGCCCUGUAUUCAUUCUCCUGCAACUGGUAGCAGUGAGAGCCUGUCACAUUCAUUGAAGGAAGUACGAAACGUUUUUUGGACGUAUCAUAGUGCUUCCCCAUGAUAUCCCAUGAUAUUUCCCAAAUAUCUGCCAUGUAUGAGGACAUGCGUUACCAUAUAUCAUAUAAUGUACAUAUAUAUUUCAUAAAACUCAUUUUCUAGAUUAAAUCAUGAAAAAAAAUGUUUUGC